AUGGCAGCGAGACUUUUGACGAGGUCGCAGCGACAUGUUGACGAGAUCGCAGCGAGAAGCCUUGGCUAUAUCGCGUGCGGCCCGCUGCGAUAUCAGCAAUUAUGUUGGGUGUAGGUUACAAAAACUAUCGGAGCAAGAAUUGGAAAUUUUUUCAUAUCAAAUAACUUUUGUUUGAAUUGUUACUGGUUCGAUUGAACAACCUUAUUAUUUUUAUCGAUUAGAUCUUGAAUUUUUUUUGGCUUUACUGUUUUUAUAUGGUUCUUUAUAUGGCGAUUUCAUCGCAACAUAUAAAAUUACCAAAAAGUCUUAUUUCAUUUACAGAAUCGUGUUUCAAAAAUUUUUACAUCACAAUUUGUAAGCGCGCCCGAAAGUUGCAUAGACACCUCCCAUUUUCCCUCCUGUCUGCAGAGACACACGGUUCAGUGCUAAAAGCGUUCCCGAGAAACCCUCACUUUUUGUCGAAUUUUCUCGGCGUUCAUUGAACUUAGUGCCGAGAUUUUUUAGGAAUGUCUGUUUGAGGAUAUUAGCUAACAGAAAACAUAAAAUUUAAAUUUGUAUGAUCAUUUUGAGAAAAUGAGUUGCGGUCCCUAUCUAUAGGUGUUGUCCACUUAAAUUUUUUUCGAAAUAUUUCAAGUUUAUAAACAUAUAUUUGGAAAAUUUUUGAAAUUUUAUUCUCACUUUUUUCAACAAUCCAUUUUUUUUUUUCAAGGUGCGCCGAUUUCUUCUUAUGUUCGUGCAGGAAUCUGAUGGCGUUUACUUCGAAUUAUGAUGAGUCCGAGGUUUGAAAUUUUUUUCAUAUUUUCAAUCAUUUCCAAAGGAUUCCUCCGGUUGGAGUGUUGGUUUGGUUUCAAACAUCGAGGCACAUAGUGGCUAUAUAUUCGUCGUUAUCCUGCGAAAAGGCGUUUCCGCAGUCCUUAAGAACAUUUCCAAAUAUUCACAUCUACGCAGAGGCGACUUUUUAAAUGUAAAGUACAGGUAUAGAUUUUUUUGAAUAUUUCAUUGAAUUUAGCCAUUUUUUUUAGAUUGAAUAUCCAUGCACCUGCUCACUAUCGCGCUCGACACCUUGUCGAAGACUUGAAACCUGCUGAACCAUUAGCUGAAGUUGUCAAAGCUCAUCCUAAACUUAUUGUAAGUUUUCGCGAUUUCAUAUAUUCAAAGAUAAUUUUGAUUGUUUUUAAGCUAAAAACAACGGCCAAGGUCGAAAAAUGCCGAACGAGAGAAGACAAUGCACUUCUUAGCAAUGAACAUUUUGGUGAAUAUAUUUUAUUAGUUUCAUCAAAAAAUGUUCAUGGCAGGGUAUUUCGUCGAUCUUUCUGGCUUGGUGAGAUACGAACGCGGAACUCUGGUCGAGUUCGAGUUUGUGGUUUGUUUGAUUCAACGAGUGCCAUUUUAUUUCAAAUUGUUUCAGACUAUGGCGAGUCCCCGAGAUAGAAUCUCUUCCAUCUUUGUGCCAACUAGAAUCAUAAGACGGAUCGAAAACGUAUUUUUUUUUCCACAUCAAUUUAUGUCAAAGUGUUUGUAACUGCUGCUGACUCCGCGUUAAAUCGCAAACCGCUACUCUGACAUGACGUCAUUUUGACAUGGCGAUUCGCACACGCAGCCAUAUUCUUUGAUUUAUUUUUCACGUUUCAAAUUUAUAAAAUUAGAUUCGACGUGAAAUGUUUCCAGUCACAUGAGAAACAGAAAAUUAUCACAUCUAAAAAUCCCCUUUUGAUUGAAAACUUUUUUUUAUUUUCCUAUUUUCUUACUUUUUUUUAGAAACCUUUAAAAGGUUUUAUUAAAAAAAUAAUCGAAUAUUCGAAAUAAUUUUUUAUAAAUCGAAUGUUCGAAAUAUUUCAUAAACCAUGAUAAAAUGGGCUUAAGAAACCCAUCGGCAUUUUAUGAAAUUAAUGACACUCCCAUUUAAAAAAAUUGAAUAUAGGGAAAUGGAAUAAUAAUUAAUGAAAAUAUUAUAAAAUCUUAAUCCACAAAAGUCAAAACGUUGACAAACGAAAUCCGGUCGCAGUUUUUAUGCAAAGGCGCAUUUCAGGCUCUUCCUAUUCUUCAAUUUUUUCACGUAAAUGAAAUAAAUAUAUAGCCAAUUUUUUUGAUUACGCUUAUUUCUUGUGAUCCGAAUGAUGUCAUUAAGUGACGUCAGGGAGUAGCGGUUUGCGAUUCAUCGAAAACUCUGCUGCUUACGAAAUCAAAAAAAUUUUUGAUUUUACAUUGCCUUUGUUUCACUCUUUCACUUUUCAUCAUAAUAGUCAUAAUAACCAUUCUUGUUUCUCGAUUGCAAUGGUAGUCUUUUUGGUAGUUUUUGCUCAUUAUUCAAAAAAAGAUGAAAAAGGUUUGAACUAUUCAUCAGUUAGAAAGUCCUUUUUGUUCAAGGGUGCUCAAAGCGUAGGUUUUCUAUUGGAAAUUUCAGCUUUGGACUUUUUUUGAAGUUUUCAAAUAUAAUAAAAUAAAUUCAGCACGAAGUCGAUUUCGAUAACUCUAAUAGAAGAAGCUCAAAACCCCGAGAGCGAACCGACGACGAAUUUGAAAGAGACACGCGCAGUUCAGCAGUUGUUUACUCCGACGAUGAAGAGCUUGCCUCAAAUACUUCAAAUUUGCGAAUUUGUUCAGUAAGUUCCAUCUAGAAUUCUCCAAACUAAAACUACCUUUUUUUGCGUUUUUUUUUCCUCAGCUCAUCACAGACAAAGUUCUUUCUUUAUGAAUAUGUUUUGGUGGUAUUCCAAUGUGUUCAAGGGAGAACAACUAUGAAGUUUCUUCAAGUCAUAAGUAAACAAAAAAGGAAUUAAAGGCUUGAGAAUUUGAUGAAUGAAACUUCGCUGAGAGUUGCUUCCUGAUCUGUUUUUAGAUACGUUAAGAUUCGAUGUACAACUUGUCUCGUAUGGAAUACAUGGCGUUUCAAAAUUAGACAUCCAUCCAUCACUGAAGCAUGACUCGCUUUCAAUAUUACAAUUUUUGAAGCGCCAAAUAUCUGAAAUGAGACGAAUGGUUCAUUCAGUUUCAACUGUGAUCAAGGGGUCCUGAAGCACACAGCAGCGAAGUUUUCUCAAAUUUUCAAUCUUUCCUCUUCUCCACUCGUAAAUUAUUUUUUUUAAAUGUUUUUAAAUGAGGCGUGAAAGUUGAAGAAUGUUUUAUUUGUAGAGGAGCUUUCUCAUAAAUUCCUUUGCCACUCCCCAAAUGUGGUUUUUAGGGCAUUCGGUGUCUUGAAAAGGCACAAAAAGAUUGUUAACUUUUUUAAUGGAAAAGUGAACCAUUUUUAGAGCGAGAAAAAUGAAAAAAAGUAUUUUGUCCGUUUUUUUCAGUACCUUGUAAGUAUGUGAGAGGCAAAUGUGAUAUUUUCAAGAUGGAUUCGACGUUCGAAGGAAGGAGCAGCUAUUGCCACGAACAAGAUCAGGAUAAUGAGGAUAAUGCUAAGGAAGAAAGAUCGCGACAGGAAUUGGUAAUUUUGUUUAUCUUCCUUCGUGUUUUCACCUACUCUGGAGCAUCGUCUCUCAGGUAGAACAAAAUAAUAGAUCCUUUAUAGUUAGUUGCAAGUUCUGAAUACCAAGUAGGAGAGACGCUUUCCUUUUUCAAGUUUUUUUUUUAGAAAAAACUUCGAGAACUCGCCGCCCGUAUGAUGAAUGAUGCCAAAGUUUCAAAGGCUAUCAGAGCUUUUGAUGAAAAUAUACACCAAGAAUUGAUUGAGAUUCUCUUGUCUUAAUUUGAAUAUAUAUUUUUACAUUUUUUGAAUCGCAUUAUUCAUACUACAUUGCUCAAAUCUAUUGAAUAUACGUUUUGAUCAGAGUGCUUCGUAGACUACCUUGUGGUUUUGACUAUUUAAAUUCGUGUGUGCUUUCUCGUUUUCAAUGUUAUCUACUUUCCUGUUUGAUUUUUGUUCAAAGAUAGUUUUUACGCAUUCUGUCGCUGCUAUUUCUUCGUAAAUACCUGUGACUAAUAUAGAAUUUGCUGAAAGGUUUCAUGUAGAAUAAAGCUUUCAUUUUCUGAUUUACUAAUUUUCUAUCAUAAUAACAGUUUUAUUAAACUGAAUGUUACUGUGUCCAUGUUGAUGUUUUUUUCCCAAAGUUGUGAAAGUUUAAGCUUCAUCUAAUAAGUUAUGAUAGCCCGUAUAUAGUCUGUUCAGAUUUUGAAUGUUAAGCUUUUCUGUUGACUUUCAUGAAAAUACGAAACUCAGAAAUUUAAAUUUUUCAGUCCAGUUGGAAAUGACGAAAGCAAUCAGUAAACCUCACAUAAUUGGGGUUGCUGGAGGAACAGCUUCUGGCAAGGUUUGAAUUGUUCCAGACGUUUUCAUAAAGUCUCAAAAUCUUUUUCUGAUUAAUAUUUUUUGCAGUCGCUAGUCACGAAGAAAAUCAUCCAGCGAUUGGCGAAUAACGACCAGAGGGUUUUUUUUUAAACGGUUUUUGAUGGAAGAAAAGAGAAAAAGUUUCAGGUUAUCUCGAUCCAACUUGACUCUUUCUACAAAGAUGUCAGUGCAGCGCAACUUGAGCAGGUGGAUCUCGGCGAGUAUGACUUCGACCAUCCAUGUGAGAGUUUUCACUCCAAACAGUUGACAGUUCUGUUUGAUGAUGGUAUUUCCUUCUUAUAGCUGCGUUCGAUUUCGAUUUGCUCGCUGAUGUCCUUGAACGUUUGAUAAUUGGCGAGCCCGUGGAAAUUCCUAAUUACGACAUUUUGACGAAUUCUCGGUCAGUUACCAUGAUCUAGUCAUAUUCUUAAAAUGUUCAAAAAUCUUACAGACAGGGGGUUCGUACCGUAGAACCUGCCGACGUCGUCAUUGUAGAAGGAAUUCUAGUUUUCUACGAUGAACGUAUACGUCAACUUUGUUCCACGAAACUUUUUGUCGACGCGGACGCCGACAUCCGUCUUUCACGUAGAGGUUCUAGGAAUGGAAAUAAACAAAUUUAAAAAAAAACACAUUUUAGUGAAAAAAGACACGGGAGAACGGAAGCGCCCUCUCAGUGUAGUUUUAUCGCACUACGUGAACAAAGUGAAGCCGGCUUUCGAAGAGUUUUGUCUUCCGACAAAACGAUACGCGGACGUCAUCAUCCCACGUGGCGGCGAGAACGACGUCGCCAUCGACCUGAUCGUCGAGAACCUUCAGGUGCAAUCAACUCUUGCCAGUUUGGAUAUUACAACGGUGGUCGGUCUGGUCGAAAUCAAUUUUAAGAGUUCUGCGAAGGUUCCAUCCAGAAUAGCUAGCUAGUAAAAUCGUCAAAAAUGAUCUUGAAAGGAAGGUCAUUUUACUUUGCGGUUGGGAAUUUUUCGGGAAAUUGGCCAGAAUAUUCAAUGAUUCAUUGAUGUGCUAGAAGAAGGUUCUGAAAGUCUCAACCUGCACAACUUCUCAGUUUUCGAGAAAUACGAGCACAAACGCCCCAAAACAGCCUAUUUUAACGGUUUUCGAUGGUUUUCUUUGAUUUCAAGACCAUUUUCUCGAUAGAUAGAAAGUUGUGCAAGUUGAGAUUCUCAAAAUCUUUAUCCUCUACACCAAGAAAUAUUUUUGGCAAUUUUUAGAAAAUUCCCAGCCGAAAAUCAAAACGAUUUCCCUUGUUAGAACCAGAAAGCUUGACUCACCUCGUUGAGUCUGGUUUUUCUGAGGAUUUGUUGUUCCGCGAUUUGUGAAAAAAUAUUCAAACGUGUUGUUUCUCAAGUUCAACGCUCUAUUCCCGUGGCUUAAGUCUAAGAUAGAGAUUUGAAAAGAAAGGUUGUGAUAUUACAGUAUUUAAAUUUUUUUCGAUAUUUCUGAAAGUUUAUAGUUGCACUCACUGAAAAAAAUGUCUACUCAUUGUAGAAAAUUUUAUCUGCGCCCAUACUUGGAAUAACCUCGGUUCGGCCGCAAACUGGAGGGGACUUGACAAAAAUUAAAAAAAUUUUUUUUUAGGUGUGUUUCAUUUCAUCAUUUCGAGUGUUUAUUCGCCAUUCCGCAAUCAGCACGACAAAUACAAAAAAUUAAACAUCAAAACAAUCAAAUAAAUCUAACAGCUGAUCUGUGGAAACGGCUGGAGGAAAAAGAUUGUCUGAAUAGACGGUGCUAACCCCCAUUUGGUAUUUAAGUUUGUUCUUUGUUAAUAAGUUAGAAUUUUUUUCUAGAUUUUAGUAGGAUCUAAUGAUUUUAAAAACGAUGUGUUUGAUUCGAACCAUGAGGUGAGCAUAAUCUGAAACUUGCCGAUUUCGUAUUCAAUGAUAGUUUCUCUCUCCAGUUGGUUCCAAAUGGGUAUGACUCUAUGAUUUAGGAAGCGUUGUUUGAUCAAUUCAUUCAUUGGUUGAACAAGUCUCAUUACAUUUCCUCUGAGUUGAUUAUUUCUACUCGAAUUCAUCAUUAACUUAACAGGCGACUCACUCCAAAAAAAUCCAUGAAUGUAUUUAUGAACGCAACAAACGUCUUUAAAAAGUCUUCUAGUCCAUAACGUCGAUAGUUUCAGUUUGGCUAAUCUACUGCGAUAAUCCAAUUUCGGAUAUAAUCUUUUGGUAAAUUUUCUCUGAACUGAUUCUAGUUGAUUUAUAUCAUUCAAAUUUAGCGGGCACAUUAGUUCGGAUCCGUACUCAAUGAUAGGCAAGAUUUUGGCUUUAUAGCAUUUUAGAAAGUUAUUUUGAGAGAAAUGAAAACAGCGAAAUAAAUUAUUUAUUAUUUUCAUACAUUUUUGUACUACUAUACUCACAUGGUGCCCCAUUUUCAGAUUACUCGUGAAGAAGAAUCCCAGGUCUCUGACAUUUUGUAUAGUGCUAAGAGUUUGAUCGUUAAUUUUGUAUGUACUGGGUUCUGUCUUUUCUCCAAACUGAACUAACAUGCACUUCUCAGGAGAUAUUGAUAGUUGACGGCCCUCUAACCAUUGGUAUACAUUUUUUGAGUCUUCUUGAAGUUUGGCUUUAUGGUUUGUUACAUUACUAGAUAAAUACAGUUUACAAUCAUGUUUUUCAUCAAAUCGAAAAAUAAUUGUGAUUUCCGGGUUCAGCGUAGUCGAUUUAGUCUGGAAACAUGUAAAAAAUUUAAUUAGAGUGGAUGAAAACGCGAGAGAGUAAGUUGGAAGCCGAGGCUGGCGCCAGGCUCCAAGUACUGCGGCAGGCUGGCGCGCGCCAUCCUCGGCUUCCAACUGACUCUCUCGCGUUUAGGAAGCUUCUCCAUGUGAGAAUCCGGUUGACACAAACUAAAUCGACCACGCUGAAUCUGAAAACAACAACAGUUUUUGUGUGGGACCUCUGCGAACUGAGAUAUCUCAUUAAAUGCACUAUAAAUAAAAAGUUUUUCAAAUCGAGAAAUCAUUGUUUUUUUCCAUAAUUAAUGUCACUUUUCAAUUAAUUUUUUUUAUUUUUCACGGGCAGGGGGAAGGGGGGCGGGGAAUUGACUGACGCCAGGCUCACUCAUUCCAUGUAUGUCUGCGUCACAUUCCCCUCACGAAAAUUUUGUUUUGACCUCGUUAAUCGAAAUUUCUCAUAAGAUUCUUCAGGAUUUUUUCCGUUCCUCGGAAGAAGAUGGCCAGACGAACGGAAAAUCGCCACGGCCGCCCGUCGAAUUAAAACGUUCGCUUUCUCGUCCUCACUAG